UUUCAUAUUUUCUUCUUGCGGGUCAAGCGGGUCAAAUUUUUUGAGUAAAAAAAAUCAGUUUAUCCGCGGGUUGGCGGGUCAGCGGGGCGGGUUUGACCCGCAACCCAGCUCUAGUCUCAGUGGAAAAAUGUAGAAACUUGACACUCCCAUUAACGUGUUGACUCGUGUCUCCUACUAUAUAUUAUAUGCAAAGUAAGCAAAUACACAGCGAUUCUCUUCUUCCGAUCUUUCCUCUCCCUUUCCUCCUCACCUAACCUCGCAAAGAAAAAGAAAAUAUAAACUCUCUUCCUCUUUUCUUUCCUUUCUUGAAAAAAAAUCCUCAUCUUUUGAUCAGGUCUAAAAUGCCAUCACAAAAGGCAAGAAAACCAAACCGAGCCGAGAAGAAACUCAAAAGAACUCAUUUCAAGAAACCACUUCCACAACACAAGAACACGGACACAACUAGUAUUCUAGAUCAUGCUUCUUCAUCCAGUAUGGUUUCUUCGUGUUCUUCAACAACGACGUCGUCUUCUCAUCAAGAUACAAACAACUAUGUUCCCUCUCCUUCUCCGGCGGUGCUGACGUCGUUAUCACCAGGUGAAGGUGGUGGUGGCGGCGGUUAUUGUACCCCUAAAGCUCAUAAGCAUCGGAUACCGGAGUUGUUGACUUGUCCACCGGCGCCGAAGAAGCAAAGAGUCCCACAGAACUGCGUGUUACAUCGGAGGCAGAUCGUUUUCUUUGCUCCUCCGGAGAUCGAGCUCUUCUUCGUCAAAGCAGUGGAUCAAUGAACAAAUUUGAAUUAAUAUUUGUAGUCUUUUUGUUAUUGGUGAUAGUUAGGAUCAAUCGAUACAGUAAGUUGUAUGUGAAGAUGAUUAAAAUUUUCAUCUCUUUGAUUUGUUAAUACAAUAACGAAGAGUAUAUUAUAAUAUUUCGAGUGAUGUUUUUUCUUAUUAUUUUGAGUUGUUUUUUCUGUAACGUUUUGUUCCUUUGGCGCUUGUUUUUUUGGGGAUGAUUUGAAUGAAGUCGGUUUGGGUUUUGUGG